AUUUAUUAUGUAUCAAAGAACGAUUUUAGAGGACAAUGAAAAUAUAUAAGAAGAUUGUAAACCGAAGAGAUAUGCAGCUAGUUUAGAGGGAUAAAAUUUUAAAAAAAAACAAAAUACAAAAGCUAGUUGUUAAGAGUGGAUUGGAUUAAUUGGCAUUAUUUGUGUCACAUAUCUUUUAAUUAUAUUAUUGUGGGCCCUAUGUAUUUUAUGAGAAAUUAUAUAAUUUAGGUUUCAUAGGAAUUGAUAGCAAUUUUAAAAUCACAGUAGGUAUUUUUAUGGUCUUAUUUGUAAUAUUUGUAAUUGGAAUUUUAAUUUAUUGGUAUUUUGGUUUGAAAAAUAGAGAAGAAUUGAGUCGAUCGAUAAUGUUGAGUAAAUGGUAGGAUAGUUCUUAUGAAAUUAAUAAUUGA